AUGCACCCCAAAACCCCGCUUCUCCUCCUCCUCUUCUUCGCCGCCGGCGAGGCCGCGGGGACCACCCUCACGGCCACCCCGGCGAAGCUCACCCAAUCCGACCAAGAAAUCAAGAUCCGGUGGUCCGACCUCCCGUCCCCGGAUGGCCUCGACCACGUGGCGAUCUACUCCCCGCCGUCCUCCAGCGACCGCGACUUUCUCGGCUACAUCUUCCUCAAUGGCUCCACCUCCUGGCGCAGCGGCCGAGGAGAGCUCACCAUCCCACGGCUGCCCAACCUGCGGGCGCCCUACCAGUUCCGCCUCUUCCGCUGGCCUGCCAAAGAGUACUCCUACCAUCACGUCGACCACGACGGCAACCCGCUCCCCCACGGCCGCGCGUUCGCCGAUAGGGCCGACGAGAUGCGGGUGAUGUUCGUGUGCGCGGACGCCGGAAAGAGGGCUGUCAGGUACGGGCUUGAGAAGGAGGAGGAGAAGGGCUGGGCGGAGGUGGGCACGGAGGUGAGGACGUACGAGCAGAAGCACAUGUGCGACGCGCCGGCGAACGACAGCGUAGGGUGGAGGGAUCCGGGCUUCGUCUUCGAUGGCCUCAUGAAUGGGUUGGAGCCCGGAAGGAGGUACUUUUACAAGGUCGGUAGUGACCCGGGAGGAUGGAGCAAGACAUACAGCUUUAUUUCACGUGACAGUGAGGCCAAUGAAACCAUUGCUUUUCUCUUCGGUGAUAUGGGCACUUAUGUACCAUAUAACACCUACAUCCGCACACAAGAUGAGAGCUUGUCAACGGUGAAGUGGAUCCUCCGUGAUAUUGAAGCCCUUGGAGAUAAGCCUGCAUUUAUUUCGCACAUUGGGGACAUCAGUUAUGCCAGAGGCUAUGCUUGGGUGUGGGACCAUUUCUUCAGCCAGAUUGAGCCUAUUGCAGCCAAUACUCCAUACCAUGUCUGCAUAGGAAAUCAUGAGUAUGACUGGCCUUCACAACCUUGGAAACCUUCGUGGUCUACAUAUGGAAAGGAUGGUGGAGGUGAAUGUGGAAUACCAUACAGUGUCAAGUUCAGGAUGCCUGGGAAUUCUGUUUUACCUACUGGCAAUGGAGCUCCGGACACACGGAAUCUCUAUUACUCUUUUGAUUCAGGUGUCGUGCAUUUUGUAUACAUGUCGACUGAAACUAAUUUCGUUCAGGGCAGCGACCAAUACAAUUUCCUAAAAGCUGACCUGGAGAAGGUGAACCGAAGUAGAACCCCAUUUGUUGUGUUUCAGGGCCACCGGCCCAUGUAUACCUCGAGCAACGAAGCCAGGGAUUCUGCCAUGAGACAGCAGAUGAUCCAGCAUCUUGAACCGCUCUUGGUGAUGUACAAUGUGACCCUUGCCCUGUGGGGACAUGUCCAUAGGUAUGAGAGGUUCUGCCCCAUGAAGAAUUCACAGUGUCUGAACACAUCAUCAAGCUUCGUAUACCCUGGUGCCCCUGUUCAUGUUGUGAUCGGGAUGGCCGGACAAGACUGGCAACCGAUCUGGCAACCAAGGCGUGAUCAUCCAGAUGUUCCCAUCUUUCCGCAGCCUGGGAUCUCCAUGUACCGUGGUGGUGAGUUCGGGUACACAAAACUGGUAGCUACCAGGGAGAAGCUAACACUGAUGUAUGUCGGGAACCACGACGGACAAGUCCAUGACAUGGUGGAGAUGUUCUCUGGACAAACAUCUACUGAAGCUAGCGCUACUGAGGCGGUCAAUCAAACAAAGCUCAGCUCGGGAACCAGCACCAAGCUGAAGAUUUCCCCAUUAUACUUGGAAAUUGGAGGUAGUGUGAUGUUGGCAUUGCUGCUUGGUUUUGCCUUGGGAUUUCUCCUCAGGAAGAAGAGAGAAGCCGCACAAUGGACUCCGGUGAAGAACGAGGAAUCCUAA